GUCACAUGUCAUUUAUGACAUUUUAACUCUUCGGAAUAUUAGAGAAUGUACAUUAAAAGUCAAAAUAUACUAAAAGUGCAUUAAAUUAUUUGAAUAACUUAUGAUCAAAUAAAAUUGUAAAAGUAAGUUAAAUUCAUAAUUAUUGGUAAGCUAUUUCUUCAGUAAAUAGAAUUGUUCAAGUUAUAAAUGGGAAAUUCAGUUUCGGCGGCUGAAAUAGCGAAAGUAACUGCAUCGCAGUUAAUAAAUGCAAAUGAUCCUGUGGAAGUAGAAAAACAUCGCCAGAAAUAUCAGAAUUACACUGGAGAAAUACCACCAGAAUGUCCUAUGCACCAAAAGGUACAACAAAAACAAGUGGAAUCUGGUUGCCCAGUACAGGGCAAUGACGAUAUAAAUCCCUUAAAUAUGAUAAAUUAUCAGUACUCAUGUUGCAUUAUUAAAAAAUUAAGAUAUACUUGUAAUGCACAGAUGGGACCAGCCAAUCAAAAGCCAUCACCAGGACAACCCUUUCCCUUGUCAACUGAUCGCCAGGUCUCAACAAUACCUAAAGCUAUAAUAAAAGAAGGAGAAGGGCAAUUUUGGGUAUAUCCUAGUCCGCAGAUGUUUUGGAAUGCCAUGCUGAGAAAAGGUUGGAAAUGGAGAGAUGAUGAUAUUAAGCAAGGAGAUAUGGACAACAUAAUAAAAAUUCACAAUGCCAAUAACGAACAAGCAUGGCAAGAAGUUUUAAAAUGGGAGGCACUACAUGCUAAUGAAUGUCGAGAUCCAAGACUGAAAAGCUUUGGCGGUAAAGCACAAGACUACAGUCCCAGAGCUAGAAUUCGCCAUCUUUUGGGAUAUGAAUUACCUUUCGACAGACACGACUGGAUUGUUGACAGGUGCGGAAAAGAUGUCCGGUAUGUAAUUGACUAUUAUGAUGGUGGAGAUUGUGAUGACAAAUACAGAUUUGCUCUGUUGGAUGUCCGGCCGGCUAUGGACAGGUAA